AAGUGAAUUUGUAAGAAAAAUAUUAGGGAACUGAAAUGCUCACUGAAUUGUCCACUACAGUUGUGGUUGCGUCUUUCUGUUUCCAUCUCCACUUGCGACGGUAGGUGGAGCUAUUUAUGAUACACAACCCAAAAAUUCUCUCCCAGAGUUCUCAACUGUGCAGUAAUUGGUUCGGCCUCUGAGCGCCGCUGUUCACCAAGCAGGGAGGAAAAGGCAGCGAAGCUGUGCUCGAUUUGCAGGCGCCUAAAGCACAAUGCAGAUAGAGUGAGACAAAAUACCUCUCCAAGGAAACUGGGAGGAGCUAGUCCCACUUCCUAACUGUCGGAUUCCAAAGCCUGAAAAAGCAGAUUCUAGUUCAAGUGGUCAAAGGCAGAAUUGGAAGUAAUCCUCAAGUGACAAUGAUCCCCGCCCAAAGGCUCAAGGACUGCAAAGGGCUGGUCUUCCUGGGAGUCCUCCUCGGGAUGCUGUGGGAGGUCGGAUCCACCCAGAUACGCUAUUCAGUUCCGGAAGAGCUGGAGAACGGAUCUAGGGUGGGCAACAUCUCCAAGGACCUGGGCCUGGAGCCCCGCGAGCUGGCGGAGCGCGGGGUCCGCAUCGUCUCCAGAGGUAGGGCUCAACUUUUCGCUCUGAACCCGCGAAGCGGCAGCUUGGUCACAGCAGGGAGGAUAGACCGGGAGGAGCUGUGUAUGGGGUCCGUCAAGUGUCAAUUAAAUCUAGAGAUUUUGAUGGAAAACAUAGGGAAAAUAUACGGCGUAGAAGUAGAAGUGAGGGACAUUAACGACAACGCUCCCUACUUCCGUGAAAGUGAAUUAGAAAUAAAAAUGAGUGAAAACGCCGCCGCUGGAAUGCGGUUCCCUCUUCCCCACGCUUGGGAUCCAGAUAUCGGCAAAAACUCUCUUCAAACCUACCAGCUCAGCCCAAAUGCUCACUUCUCGCUGGAGGUGCAGAACGGAGCUGAUGGUAACAAAUACCCGGAACUGGUGCUUGAGCGCGCAGUCGACCGGGAGGAAAAGGCCAUGCACCUCCUGGUCCUCACCGCUUCCGACGCGGGGGACCCAGUCCGCAGCGGCACGGCGCGCAUCCGCGUCAUGGUUGUGGAUGUGAACGACAACGCACCUGUGUUUGCUCGGUCCGAGUACCGCGUGAGUGUGCCGGAGAACGUGGAUGUGGGCGCUCAGCUGCUGCAGGUCAAUGCCACCGACCCGGAUGAAGGAGCCAAUGCAGAAGUGACGUAUUCCUUCCGGUAUGUGGACGACAAGGCGGCCAAAGUUUUCAAGCUUGACAGUAAUUUGGGGACAAUGUCAACAAUAGCGGAGCUGGACCACGAGGAAUCGGGUUUUUACGAGAUGGAAGUGCAAGCAACAGAUAACGCGGGGUAUUCUGCACGGGCCAAAGUCCUGGUCACAGUUCUGGACGUGAACGACAAUACCCCUGAAGUAGCCAUCACGUCUCUCACCAACUCUGUUCCCGAAAAUUCUCCCCGAGGGACAUUAAUAGCCCUUUUAAACGUAAAUGACCAAGACUCGGGAGAAAAUGGACGGGUAAUAUGUUCCAUCCAAGAGAAUCUGCCCUUUAAAUUAGAGAAAUCAUACGGAAACUACUAUAGUUUAGUCACAGACACAGUCCUAGACCGAGAACAGGUUCCUAGCUACAACAUCACAGUGACCGCCACUGACAGGGGAAGUCCGCCCCUGUCAAGCGAAACUCACCUCUCACUGAACAUAGCAGACACCAACGAUAACCCACCCGUUUUUCCUCGGGCCUCCUACUGGGCCUACAUCCCGGAGAACAACCCCAGAGGGGCCUCCAUCGCGUCUGUAACCGCCCACGACCCUGACAGUGACAAGAAUGCCCAAGUCACUUAUUCCCUAGUUGAGGACAUCCAUCAGGGCGUACCCCUCUCCUCUUACGUCUCCAUCAACUCGGACACUGGUGUCCUGUAUGCACUGCACUCCUUUGACUAUGAGCAGUUCCGAGACCUACAGCUGCAAGUGAUGGCACGUGACAGUGGGGACCCGCCGCUCAGCAGCAAUGUGUCACUGAGCCUGUUUAUACUGGAUCAGAACGACAACGCCCCCGAAAUCCUGUACCCUACUCUCCCUACAGAUGGAUCAACUGGCGUAGAGUUAGCGCCCCGCUCAGCAGAGCCUGGCUAUCUGGUGACGAAGGUGGUGGCGGUAGACCGAGACUCAGGACAGAACGCCUGGCUGUCCUACCGUCUGCUCAAGGCCAGCGAGCCAGGGCUCUUCUCGGUGGGGCUGCACACGGGAGAGGUAAGCACCGCUCGGGCCCUGAUGGACAGAGAUGCUCUCAAGCAGAACCUUGUAGUGGCUGUGCAGGACCACGGCCAGCCUCCGCUCUCCGCCACUGUCACCCUCACUGUGGCGAUCGCCGACAGCAUCCCCGACGUUCUGGCGGAUCUGGACAGCCUAGAGUCUCCUUCCACCUCCGAAACCUCAGGGCUCACUCUCUAUCUGGUGGUGGCCGUGGCGGCGGUCUCCAGCGUCUUCCUGGUCUUUGUUCUGGUGCUGCUGGCUCUCAGACUGCGGCGCUGGCACUCACUGCGCCUGCUCCAGGCUGCGGGACCCGGAUUGGCUGACGUUCCAGCCUCUCACUUUGUGGGCGUAGACGGAGUGCAGGCUUUUUUGCAGAGUUAUUCGCACGAGGUCUCGCUCACUGCGGGCUCCCGAAAGAGUCAUUUGAUUUUCCCGCAGCCCAACUAUGCCGACACGCUCAUCAGCCAGGAGAGCUGCGAGAAAAGCGAGCCUCUUUUGUUAUCGGGUGAUUCGGUGUUUUCUAAAGAUAACCAUGCAUUAAUUCAGCAAGCCCCGCCCAACACCGACUGGCGUUUCUCUCAAGCCCAGAGACCCGGCACAAGCGGAUCGCAAAAUGGUGAUGAAACCGGCACCUGGCCCAACAACCAGUUUGAUACAGAGAUGCUGCAAGCCAUGAUCUUGGCCUCUGCCAGUGAAGCCGCUGAUGGCAGCUCUACUCUGGGAGGGGGUGCUGGCACCAUGGGCUUGAGUGCUCGAUACGGACCCCAGUUCACCUUGCAGCAUGUGCCCGACUACCGCCAGAAUGUGUACAUCCCUGGCAGCAAUGCCACACUGACCAAUGCGGCUGGCAAACGAGAUGGCAAGGCUCCAGGGGGCGGUAACGGCAACAAGAAGAAGUCGGGCAAGAAAGAGAAGAAGUAAUACGGAGGCCAGGCCUUGAACCAACAGGGCAGCCUCCCUCCCCAGCCAAGUCCAGAUUGUCCUUACUUGUACCCAGGCCUCAGAAUUUCAGGGCUCACCCCAGGAUACUGGUAGGAGCCAAGGCCAUGCUCCCCGUUGGGAAACAGAAACAAGUGCCCAAGUCAACACCCCCCCUCUCUGUGCCCUAGGGGGUUGAAUAUGCAAAGAGAGUUCUGCUGGGAGCCCCCUAUCCAAUCAGUGAUUGUACCCACAUGGGUAGUAGGGUUAGUGUGGACACAUACACACACACACACACACACACACACACACACACACACACACAAAAUCCUACACACACUCCCUUAGUUACAACUGACCUCCUCCAUCUUCCAGCUUAGGCAGGUUUAUCCCCUGCCUCCCUCUCCUCACCCCACCCACUCCUUCAGUCCCUGUUGGGGUGACAGGUGACCUAAGUGGUCUCCUAGUUCUGAAGAGUUGAGAGAGAAUCCCCACCUUUUGGCCUCUCCUUCAAUUCAGCCCCCC